AUGGGUUUGCUUUCGAAGCUCAAAAAGUUGAGCAAAGAACUUGGACAGGAAAUCGAGCAGAUGAUUGAUGCCUUGGCAUCUCAUGGCUGUGAUUCUAAUCGGAAGGUGUUCGCGCAUUAUAUGGUGGGGUUAACAUAUGGCCAAUCUUCUCAACAGUGGGCUCAUGACAUAAAGACGGCGAAAGAAGCGGGCAUCGAUGGAUUUGCGCUAAAUAUUGGACCUUCCGAUCAUUGGACAGUAGCCCAGUUGGAUUUGGCCUACGAGGUCGCUGAGCAGGCUGGGGAGUUUGUCUUGUUUCUUUCAUUCGAUAUGGCUGCGGGUAGUUGGGAAGUCUCUCAGGUAGUUGACUUCAUCAACCGUUACCGCGGAUCACCUGCACAGAUGAACGUUGAUGGAAAGCCACUUGUCUCGACGUUCGAGGGACCUGACUGGGCCGAAAACUGGCCAACAGUCCGUAGUCAAACUGGUGAUAUAUUUCUUGUCCCUGACUGGUCAAGCCUUGGACCUUAUGGGAUCGUCUCUUGGGAUGCAUGGCCCAAGGCAGGACAAAGAAAGAUGGGCACUGCAGAGGAUCUUCUCUAUUUGGACAACCUCAAAGGCAAGAAGUACAUGAUGGGAGUCAGUCCGUGGUUCUACACAAACCUCCCACAGUGGAAUAAAAACUGGCAUUGCUCCAGCGAGUCGCUGUGGUUCGAUAGAUGGCAGCAGGUUCUGGAGAUCAUGCCGGAUUUUGUCCAAAUUAUAACUUGGAAUGAUUUUGGCGAAUCCAGCUACAUCGGCGACACUGUCCCGGAACAAAUCGUGCGAGGUGCCGAAGAUUAUGUCGUUGGAUACUCUCAUUCUGCGUUCCGGGCGGUUCUCCCUUAUUUUAUCCGUGCCUACAAGAUGGGUUCUCCUUAUGUCGGCUGGGCCGGAGAAGAUAUUGCUAUUGCUUGGUACCGCACCAGUCCAGCACGAGCCAACUGCGAUUGUAGCACAGUGUGGGGGCAAGGUGGCUCGCUUUCGGCAUCUGCGGGCGCUCGAGACGUCAUCUCUAUCAUAGCUAUAACCAGGGAACCGGCGCACAUCAGCGUUUGUAUCGGAGAUGGUUAUACCAAAGAAUUCGUCACGGCGGGCCAGUGUAAUGCUGCUUACUUCGAAAUGCCGUUUGAUGAAAGCACAACGGGGCCUGUGAGGCUCAGUCUCAAUGGCAAAAUCACGAGAGGGCCAGCGAUACAAGCAGAAGUUCGUGGUGAAAAGGUAUCAUUCAACGCCGUUGCAAUCCAAGUCUAA